AUCUUUUGACAAUCUGUCAACAGACAUAUACCACAUCUUCUGCUCAUUUCUUAGAAAAUCUCAAAAUCUCCAUUAAACGGUGAAGAGAAGUUUAUUCAGAGAAACAGAGAGGGAUGGCUCUGGAGAACUGUCUUCAAGUUUGUGCUGCCAAAACCAGUCUCCUGCAACGUUGCCAUCCAUUAUCUUCCACAGAAAAGCUUCACUUGCCAGCUUGUAGAGGACCCAAUAAACCCAAUUUGCUGUCAUUUUCAUCUUCUUAUUCUUCUUCAUCCAGAGGGAGAUCCCAGAAGCCUCGCAUUGUCUGCAAAGCUCGUGGAGCCAUAGAUGAAGUUCAAGUGGUGACAGAAUCAACCUGGGAUAACGUUGUGAUUGCAAGCCCAGUUCCAGUACUUGUGGAAUUCUGGGCACCAUGGUGUGGACCAUGCAAGAUGUUAUUACCAGUCAUUGAAGAACUGGCAAAAGAAUAUGCAGGAAAGGUUGUCUGCUGCAAGGUCAACACAGACCAAUGUCCAAACAUUGCCAGAACAUACGGAAUAAGGAGUAUACCAACUGUGAUUUUCUUCCAGAGAGGAGAAAGAAAAGAAAACAUUGUUGGUGCUGUGCCCAAAGCCAAUUUAUCUGCCUCAAUUGAGAAGUACAUAGAGAGUUAGUUGGUAGACAAAACAACUGUUUUUUCCUUCAAUUAAAUGGAAGCAAAUUACUUUCUUGGGUAUGUAAAUAUUAUCAUGAACUGAUCAUGAAUGUCUUCCAUUUGUAAAUCUUCUCUCUA